AGCAAGUCCUACUUUGUUUAUGUCACGUAGCUAGCUAGCUACAUAGCUUGCUAACUGACAGCUUCAAGAGUGCUGUUUUCUUACGAACGUUAGCUACACCGAUGCAUACAUUUCUGCCGUAGAAGGUAAAUCUAGAUGUACAGGAUCUGGGUUUGAUCGGUGGCAGGGAUGAGAUGUUUUGUUGAAUGAAGGAGCGAACGCCCUGGUGCCGAUAGGAGAAUGAACUCCAUCACCGGUCGGGAUCACUCUGUCAACUCUGGAGCCUCAUCUUCUCGAGCCUUGCACGUUGAGCUCACAUCUCAGCAGAGGCGGUUACGUCAUCUCAGAAGCAUUGCAGCCCGCAACAUUGUCAACAAGAAUGGCUCUCCACUACUGGACACAUAUUUUUCCCUUCAUCUCUGCUUAGAGGACCGGAUAUCCAGAGACUUUUACAAGAGUGAGGUCAUCCGAGAUUCAUUGAAUCCAACAUGGCGGAGCCUGGAUUUUGGCAUGCUGCCAGACCUCCUGGACACGUCUGUGUCCUGCUUCGUGGUGAAGAUCUGGGGCGGCCGAGAGGAACAGUUCACACUUCUCAUAGAGUGGAAGGUCAACCUGGACGGGCUUAGAUACACAGGGCAACAGAUCCGCUCCAGGAAUCCAAAUGAGAUCAUAUUUGGAUUGAAUGAUGGCUACUAUGCAGCUGACUUUGAUCAUAAGGACCACUCUGAGAGGAAGAAGAACAGUUUACUCCAGGUGGACCAGAGUUCAGUGAGGAACUCCUACAGUGUCUUCUCUCUGCUGAGGCUCCACACGGCCCAGAGAGCCAUCAAGCAGACCCAGGUGACCGUGCAGAAGAUCGGCAAGGAGAUUGAGGAGAAACUGAGGACGACAACAGCCUGCACCAAGCGUAAGAAGGAGCGGGAGUGUAUGCAGCUGCGUCUGGGGACGCUACGCAGUGAGCUGGAGAGACAGAGGAAAGCGCUGGGCCGGGAGACAGACCUGCGGCAGAAGGAGAGAGCACUGCUUCAGAAGAAAGAGGAAGCAUUCUCCACCAAACACCGGAGUCUGGAGAUGGAGAGGGAGUCGUUAACAGAGCAGCAGAAAGAAUGCACUGCCAAAAGGGAGCUGUUCCUCAAGUCCAAUGCUCAGCUCACCUUCCGCUGUCGUCAGCUCCUCUCUGAGCUGUCCUACAUCUACCCCAUCGACGUGGUCACCACAGCCGCUAAUCAGUCCGAUUAUGUCAUCUGUGGAGUGAAGCUGCCCAACUCGGAGGAUUUCCAAGCGAAGGAUGAUGGGAGCGUGGCGGUUGCCCUGGGUUACACGGCCCACCUGGUGCUGAUGAUCAGCUGCUUCUUGCAGAUCCCUCUCAGGUAUCCUGUCAUCCACAAGGGUUCCCGCUCCUCCAUCAAGGACACCAUCACAGACAAGCUCAGCGAGAAGGAGCGAGAAUUCCCCCUGUACCCUCGAGGAGAACGCUUUCAGUUUGAAUAUGGAGUCUACCUGAUCAACAAGAACAUCGCCCAGCUGAGAUACCAGCAUGGCCUGUCCACUCCAGACCUCCGUCAGACCCUGCCCAACCUCAAGAACUUCCUGGAGCACGGCCUUCUAGUCCGAUGUGACCGGCACCAUGUCUCCAGCUCCAUCCCGGUCCCGACAGGAGCCAAGUCUCAGCUCAGUGUCUCGGCUGCGUCCGAAGUGGGCUUCCCCACCCACACCAGCUCUCCAGAUCCGGGCUCACUGAGGAAAAGGGCCAGUUCCGAGGCAGACAAGCAGAAGUACAAGGCCUCCCCUCCUCCCAGCUACGACACGACCAUGGCCAUGGACCAGCCCCAGAGUGCACCGCCCGACCCCAACCCCUCCCCCAAGCACUUGUCCUCCUCCCUGGACUCUAGCAUUGACCUGGCCAAGACUCUGGAGGUUCAGGGACCAGCUCUGGGGGAGGGAGAAGGAGAAGUAGAAAGAGAGGUAAAGGAGGUUGUGGAGGAGCAACAGCCCUCCAGCACUACUACAGGAGGCUCAGAUUCCCCCACUCCGGCUGGAAGCACCACCAGUGAGCAAGUGGAGGAGGUGGCACCCACCAGCGAGCGGCAUGCAGACCAUACCAUGAACGGCUCAGUAGUGCCAGGCAAGGGGCUGGGGGGGCCCGCAACAGGGCUAAUGUUGACCAUGGCAUUAAACCCAGAGAUGUGCUGCUCAGUGGAGCAGGCAGAGGAGAUUAUGGGGACAGAGGCCACAGGCCUGGGUUUAGGGAUGGGCCUUGUGGAUGGGGCCAGGCUGGAGGACUACCCUUGCAUCCCCGUGGAGCACGCCGUGGCCGUGGAGUGUGACGAGCAGGUUCUAGGCGAGCUGGAUGCCGCCGGCUUCGAGGAGUUCUCCCGCCGCAUCUAUGCACUAAACGAGAACAUGUCCAGCUUCCGCAGGCCACGCAAGAACUCUGAGAAGUGAGGACAGGUGGGACCUUAGGGGUGAGGACAGGAGUCACAUGGCACAUGAGUCAGGGACAUGAACAUAGUGCAGGGGGGGGGGGG